AGGAAAAUAGGCUCGAACCACCAAGCUAUCUCCUCCGCCUCGCACUCGCCAGGCCAAGGCGACCACCGAUCUGUCUCGCGCUCGCCACCUCGCCUCCCCCGGUAGUCUCGACUCCGGGACGCGAAACCCUAGGCUCGAGACGCCAGGCGAGUAGACAUGGCGAAGGACCAGAAUGGCUCGUCCUCGGCCCAUGAUGGUGGAGGCGAUGAGGAGGAGACGGUGGGAGCAGCGCGUAGCGGCAGCAAGUCGCUAGACGCCGAGGGGGGCGAUCGAUCGAAGGGGAGCCGGGACCGGGGCCACCGUGGCAAGUCUAAGCGGCGGGAGGAGGACGAGGGGAGCGAGAGCUCCGGCGAGGACUACAGCGAGCGGCGAAAGCGCCGGAGGAAGGAGAAGGAGCGCCGGCGCCGGCGCCGGAGCCGCAGCGAGAGCUCGGGCUCGUCGUCGGAGUCUGAGUCCGAGUCGUCAUACUCGGGUUCCAGCGCGGAGUCGGAUAGCGAGUCGGAAUCAGAGGAGGAGAGGCGGAGGAGGCGGCGGAAGAGGAGGAAGGAGAGGGAGGAGGAGGAUAGGAGGCGGCGGAGGAAGGAGAAAGAGAGGAGGAAGAGGAAGGAGAAGGAAAAGGAGAGGGAGAGGAGGAAGAAGAAGAGGAGGAAGGAGGAGGAGAAGGAUUUGGGGAAGAAGGGCGCCGUGACCAACUCGUGGGGGAAGUAUGGUAUCAUCCGUGAGGUCGAUAUGUGGAACAAGCGACCAGAGUUCACUGCAUGGUUGUCAGAGAUCAAGCAGGUUAAUUUGGAGUCAUUAUCAAAUUGGGAAGAAAAACAAAUGUUUAAGGAAUUCAUGGAGGAUCACAAUACAGCCACUUUCCCGUCAAAAAAAUAUUAUGAUUUAGAUGCUUAUCAUCGCAAAGCGAUGGAGAAAGAGAAAAGGAAGGGUUUAAAGACCUUGGUAACUGAACGUACAGUAUUUAAUGAUGAGGAACAGCGACGGUUAGAAUUGUUGAAGGAACGUGAACGACGAAAGGAGGAAGAAGUGGAAGCUUUAAAACGCUCCAUGCAAGCUGGACUGGCUCAAGACAUGAAGGACCAGGUCCGUCUACGCGAGGAAAUGUUGUACCAAUACAAGUUGGGCAAUUUUCAGGCUGCUGCUGCAAUCCAAAAAAGAUUGGAUCCUGAUGCUCCUCCGCCAUAGGCGGCCUGUGGAGAGCCCAAUGCCCUGCAGUUAUUCCUCACGGGCCUUCAUGAACACUGUAGGACGAGCAUACCUACCAUAAUGAACUGCUGUUUGUUACAAAGCUUUUACGGAGCUAGCGUGUCAAAUGCUGUUAUUUUAUCAGUAGAAUUUUGAAUUCCAGCUACUCUUUCAGUUUUCACAUGCUCUGUGCUAACCAUAAUGAUCUGCUGUUUGUUACAAAGCUUUUACGGAGCUAGCGUGUCAAAUGCUGUUAUUGUAUCAUUAGAAUUUUGAAUUCCAGCUACUCUUUCAGUUUUCACA